AAAGCUUUCAGUGGAUCUAUUCUCACGAUCCGCCACCGAUAGGUCGAAUCAGGCAGAUUUUCCGCCGAGCUUAUUAUGGGCGGCGCUGCAAAGUGCCCGUUCGAAUCAUGAGAUAUUCUCGGCAAAGCCGUUAAGCCGUUGGGUAGUUCAAGUCUCGAACCUUGCUUGGUGCGGUUCGAAAACUUUUUCUAGAAGGAAAUGCUACGAUGCGCCUAAUGGCAUCUCCGUUCUCCAUCCGUUCCCCAUCCAAAAUGGCGCCGGUAACCGUCACCGAGAACCUUAUUUAUAUAAUCCUCACUGCCCUGACCACUCCAUCAUGCUCCUCCCACAUCUCGUAUCCAUCACCAAAACAACUCAUUACAUAAUACAUUCGUUUUAGCGCUUCGUCAUCCCCCGUGGGCCUUUCGUUAAACCUUGGAACUUGAUCCCAACUGUCGAGAUGGACACUAUUAGCGAAGCGGAGAAGACCCCGUCGAAGGAGGCUUCGUUGCCCUCCAACAACGAGAAAGAUGUCGAAACCGGCGAGGACCAGCUGCAUCGUGGUAUGCACAGCUACCACUUGCAAUUUAUCGCCAUCGGAGGCACCAUAGGAACCGGAAUGUUCCUCGGAAGUGGAAAUGCGUUGGCCACGGCUGGCCCAGCAGGAUGCCUGAUCGCCUUCUUGUUCGUCGGAUUGAUUGUUUUCUCAAUCAUGACAAGUUUAGGCGAGAUGGCUUCCUACAUACCUGUAGCUGGUAGCUUCACCGUGUACGCGUCUCGUUUCGUCGAUCGGUCUCUUGGUUUCGCCAUGGGUUGGAUUUACUGGUUUAGCUGGUCGGUUACGUUCGCUCUCGAGCUUGUAGGAUCUGGUCUCAUUAUCCAGUAUUGGGACUCAAGCCUUAACAUCGGAAUCUUCAUCGCUGUCUUUUGGGCAGUCUUCACCGCCGUCAACUUCCUGCCGAUUCGUUACUUCGGAGCUUUCGAGAUGUGGUUUUCGAGCAUCAAAGUUGUCACUAUCAUCGGUUUCAUCAUCUUCGGUAUUUGCAUCGACGCUGGAGCAGGUCAGAAUGGUUAUCUCGGAUUCCACACGUGGGUGACUCCUGGUGCUUUUGCCGAGUCUAUUACCACUGGUGCCUCCGGGAAGUUCAUCGGCUUUUGGUCCGUUCUCGUUACUGCUGGAUUCGCUUACCAGGGUGCGGAGCUUGUGGGUGUUGGCGCAGGAGAGACCCAGGAUCCGGCAAAGAAUGUGCCAAAAGCCGUUCGAUUCACAUUCUGGGCCAUCGUCUCGCUAUUUGUCGGAACCAUCUUCUUCUCCGGCUUGCUCGUGCCAUAUGACAACCCGAACCUCUCCAUCGGUGCGACAGACGCAUCCGCAUCGCCACUUGUCAUCGCAGCCAACCUCGCAGGCGUUCCCAUUCUUCCUCACAUAAUCAACGCUGUUCUGCUGACAGCCGUCCUCUCCGCUGCGAAUUCGAACGUAUACUCCGGAAGUCGAAUUCUCGUCGGUCUGGCCUCGGAAAACAACGCCCCGGCUUUCUUGGCCCGCACAAACCGUCACGGAACCCCUUACUUCGCGGUCGCUCUCACUUCGGCAAUGGGUCUCCUCGCUUUCCUUAACCUGUCGGAAAAUGGCGGCGACGUCUUCGACUGGCUGCUGAACAUCACUGCUAUCGCUGGCUUUAUCACCUGGUCCUGCAUUAGCAUCUGCCACUUGCGGUUCAUGAAGACCUUGAAGGCGCGCUGCAUCCCCCGACAGGAGUUGCCCUACUCGGCUCCGCUACAACCAUACCUCACCUGGUUCGGUCUCUUCUUCUGCAUUCUGAUUAUCCUGACCAACGGAUUUACCGUCUUCAUCGAGUGGAGCACUAGCGGCUUCUUUGCAGCGUACGUUAGCAUAAUCUUGUUUGUUGUGCUCUUUGUUGGGCAUAAGUUGGUGUACCGGACGAAGCCUGUAAAAGUAAUGGACAUAGAUCUCGACCGCGAUAGGGUCAACUAAUAGUCCCUCUGAAAUCAUGUAUAUAGAUAUAUAGAUAGAUGGUUGGGAUAUUCCUCCUUUUUGAUACCCCUAAUAAUAUUAUAGAUCGUUUUAA